UCGAUGUUAGCAACGGAGAGAACCCGAGAUAGCGAGAAACCCCAUUUUCAUCUUAUUUAAGAGUUCUGUUAGACUUAUACAUCAAAGUGUGAGGGGGCUUUGCACCCAUUUUUACUUUAGACGAGUGACUGGUGCGUGUUAUCUUUUUUAAAUAUAUAUAUUUCCUGUUUCAACAGGAUUUGUACAGAUUGCUAAUCAGCUAGCCUUUUAGCAUAGCAUCACGUUGACAUUAGCCUCGCAGCUAACGCAGUUGAUUGGACGUGUAACGGUCGCAGAGGGGCUGUCACACGACCGACCACCGCCACAACUCCCGUCAGAGAAUUGCCCAGUCGUUCAAAAGACAUUGUCUUUUAUGGGAUCGCCAUGUCAAUGAAGGCCGGUGGAAAUCGCAGCAAGCCAGGCGGUGGCAGCAACGCUGGUGCCGCCGUCUCCGGUGCCGGAGGAAGCGGCGGUGGGAGACAGAAUCUGGGCAGGGGAAGACACAGUGGUAAAGGUCCCUCAUCAGUCAUUUACAAUGGCGUGUAUGCAAAUGUGAGGAUGGUCCAUGUCUUGACUUCAGUCGUGGGCACCAAGUGUGAGCUGAAGGUGAAGAACGGCGUCGUCUACGAAGGAGUGUUCAAGACAUAUGGACCAGAGUGUGACCUCGUGUUGGAUGCUGCCCAUAUAAAGAGCCCGGAACCUAGUGUUGGCCCCAAAAGAGAGGACAUUAUGGAGAGUGUGGUUUUCAAGUCCUCUGAUGUAGUAGUGGUGAACUUCAAAGACGUUGACCUGAAUUUUGCCAGGAAAGUUUCCUCUGACACAGACAACUUCACCGAUGCGGCAGUGAGCGGUCGGAUCAAUGGCGAGCAUAAGGAUAAAGAUCUGGAGCCUUGGGACGGCGGCGAGACACACAACUCUGACAGUCUUGAGUCUCUGGAUACGGAUGUGUCAAACGGGUGGGACCCCAAUGACAUGUUCAAGUUCAACGAAGAGAAAUACGGAGUCCUGUCUACAUAUGACAGCAGCCUGUCCACAUACACGGUGCCUCUGGAGCGGGACAACUCCGAAGAGUUCCUCAAGAGAGAAGCUCGUGCUGCCCAGCUGGCAGAUGAGAUCGAGGCCAGCGCCACAUACAAGGCUCGUGUCGCCCUGGAGAAUGACGAGCGCACAGAAGAGGACAAAUACACAGCUGUGGUUCGAGGGGAGAGGGACAGCCACACAUUGAGCAGAGAGAACAAGUACAUUCCUCCGGGUCAGAGGAACAGAGAGGCCAUGUCUUGGGGGCCUGGACGGCAGAAUUCCCCUCGUUUGUCUCAGAACUCUGCAGGACCCUCGACUCCUCGACCAGGCUCUCACGACUACAGUCCCAGCUCUGGAGCUGAGCAGAGGGUGGUCAAUGGAGGUUUGUCCCAAUGGCCCUCACCUUGUCAGUCUCCUUCUCGCCCCCUCUCUCGUUACCAGUCUGGUCCGUCCUCCCUGCCUCCGCGGGCCACCACGCCCACAAGGCCUCCCUCCAGACCUCCCUCUCGACCCUCCAGACCCUCCUCUCAUUCAUCCCUCCCCUCCUAUCCCUCCCCCUCUUCUGCCUCCUCCUCAUCAUCAUCAUCCUCCUUUCCCCACCAUGGGCCUGCGUCGCCGGCCUCCAAUCUGCCCAAACGCAUGUCUUCAGAAGGUCCACCAAGGAUGUCUCCCAAAUCCCAGCGGACACCUCGUGCUCACCGAGUGCCUCCAUGCCGGACCGCCGGAGUCCCUCCCGGAGUGGACAUGAUUUCCCAUGGCAGCCCGGGAGAAGUCCCAGUGACCACGCCAACAAGAAGCAACUCAUCCGGAGGAACAUGGUCGUCUGUGGUGAGCGGAGCUCACAGGCCACGUUCCCCACGUCAGUGUGGCAUGGGUGGAGCUGCCCCGGCCUCCUGCAUCCCCUCUCCCCAGACGGGGACUACGCCUGUGGACAGCUACGCCACAACAACCACAUCCUCGCCGACUGCUGCUAGUCCUGCCCCCAACAUGGCUGCCUCUCCUUUAGGCGAUGCCAAAGAGAGUCGUGUCCAGGAGACCAGACAAACUUCCCCCACGGCCAGCAAAGACAACAUGAAGACCCUGGACGGCUCGCCCAGUAUCACCAGACCGGUCUGUAAAGGACCCCCCUCCAUGGCACCUGACCACAGAAAGCAAAUAGACAAUUUAAAGAAAUUUAGUGUAGACUUCAGGUUGCAGUCUUGUUCCAACCCAGACCCGACCUUUGACCAGAUGAUGGCAAAGCCUCCUAGAGAUCCCUCAGACAAACCUAAAGACCUUCCCUUAGAAAAGUCCUCCGCAGUGGGCCGUGACGGCUCCGAGGAAACCGUAGUCAUUUCUGCUGUCGCUCCCGGAGGAGGGGCAGCGUCCUCAAACACCAGUAAGCCUGGCAGCCCGGCUGCCCUGUCGCCGUCGCCCUCCGCCCUGGACCAAAAGAGGUCUGGCCUGGACGUGACGUCACAGGGGGUCCAGACCAACUCCACUGCAACUUUUAGUGGAUCCAAACAUGAGGAGAAGGAGGAAAAGAAGGAGGCCGUGCAAGAUCAAGUGAGGAAAUCAACCCUAAACCCAAAUGCGAACGAGUUCAAGCCGCGCUUCAAUGCGCAGCCUAAACCCGCCAACACCCCGACACCACCGAGACCCCAGGGGCAGCCCAGCCCCUCCAUCGUGGUCCAGCAGCCCCCCACUGUCUACGGCCAGACGGUCUGCUUCCCUCAGAUGUAUCCUCUCACACCUGUGAGCCCCGGAGUGCAGAAAAGCAUAAUAUGGAAGUCUCCAGCCAUGUACCAAGUCCAGAUGCCUCACAUGACGGUCAGCCAGUCCAAACAGUACCGACCUGGCAAAGUACCCAACAUGCCCCAGCAGAGGUCAGACCAGCACCACCCUCCCGGCACGCCCACCAUGAUGCACCCUGCCACAGCGGCGGGGCCUCCCAUAGUUGCGCCCAGCCCGGCUUACUCGGCCCAGUACUUCACCUGCAGCCCGCAGCAGUUUGCCAGUCAGCCCCUGGUGCAGCAGAUGCCUCACUACCAGUCACAGGCGCAGCACAUGUUCGGUCCGGUGAUGCAGGGCAGCGCCAGGAUGAUGGCGCCACACACACACGGCCAACCCAGCCUGGUGUCCUCCUCCACCACACAGUACCCUGAGCAGACACACACCAUGUAUGUGUCUCCAGGGCCAAUGCCCCAGCAGUACCCCCACCCCAAUGCCACCUUACACCCUCACCCACCGCAUCCUCAGCCUUCUGCUACACCCACAGGACAGAGUCAGCAAGGUGGUCCCCCCCAGCACGGAGCUCCUCCCAGCCACCCUGCCGCCAGCCCGGUCCAGCACCCGCAGCAUCAGCAGGCCGCCGCAGCGGCCGCAGCGGCUCAGGCGCUGCACCUGGCCAACCAGCCGCAGCAGCAGAUGUACUCGGCCUUGGCCCCCACGCCGCCCUCCAUGACCCCGGGACCCAACCCUCAGUCCCCCCAGGCCUCCUUCCAGUCGGCCCAGCAGACGGUGUACAUCCACCCGCAGCAGGUGCCGCACGGCUACAACCCCAACCACAUGGCUCACGUGCAGCAGGCUCACAUGCAGUCUGGCAUCGUGCCGUCUCACCACCCGGCCCCCGCUCACCCGCCCAUGAUGCUGAUGGCCACCCAGGGUCCUCCGGGGGGCCCACAGCCUCAGAUGGCCCAGACCACCCUCAACCACAUCCCAGUCUCCUCCACCACACACUUCUCCUACCUGGCGCAUCCGCAAGUGCAACCUCAUCAUCAGCAGCAGCUGUAGACAGAGGGCGCCAGAGAGCUGAGGGAUGCGACCUUCCAGAGCGGAGCCUCAGUGACCAGACGAUGAAGAGAAUCUCUUCCUCUCUUUCUCCUCAUCCUCACCCGACCUGCAUCUCAUCAGCUUUCCUCCUCCCCUCCUCCCCCCUGACUAGGCAAUAAGAGAGAAUGUUAACAGGCGGAUGCAGCGACGAGUUUUAACCUCGAUAGUUUUAACAGACGGAACACACACACACACACACACACAGACACAGACACACUCGCUGUGGGGGGGGCUGGAGUGCGAUGGGAGAGUGAGAGGGAGACUAAUCAUGAGAGCGAAGAAGAAACUGGAACUUGAGUCUGCACCUUGUUAAGAAAUUCUUCCAGACAGUAUUCUGAUGCUACUGUUGAUUCUGCUGCUGCUAUUGUUCCCGACCACACCGGACCGGUUCUAACCCGACUAAAGACCCCGAAGCUUCCUGUGAAACGACCACGACGAGCAGCCCAGAGGACGAGAACUUAUUUAUGGCUCUGCGACGCCCACCUCUCACCCGACCCAACCUAACUUUUAAGUUAAAACUUUUACUUUGUAGAUAUUAUAAAUAAUUUAAAAAAUCAGCAAAAAAAGUUAAAAAAACAAUAAAAAAAGUUUUAAAAACUGGACUGCUCCUUGUUU